AUGAAAGUAGAACCGUUCUAUUUGAAAUUACAGCUGAUCCUCAAUCUGGAAUCAGUUAUUUUUGCUGACAUUGAGAAAUAUAGUCGAAUGAAAGAUGAAAAAGAAGUUUUGUUCAGUGUGGGAAUUGUAUUCAUCAUUACACAAGUAUACUAUGAGUCAUUGAUGAAUCUAUGGAAAGUCCAAAUAACAGCAACGAAUGAAGAAUCAAAUCAAGUAAAUAAAUAUUUGAAGACAAUACGAAAACAAAUGGAUGAAGAAUAUAGUCCAUCUAUUUUAUUCGGCUUUCUUCUUUGGGGAGAUAUUGGAGAAGAUGAUAAAACUGAGAAAUAUGUUUUGAAAUCAUUAUCAAACGAUGAUGAAGAUAUACCGUCUAUUUAUCAUCAAGGAGGAAAUAUAUUUUUCGAAAAAGGUGAAUUGAAUAUGGCAUUAGAGUUUUAUACCCAAGCGUAUAAUUUGCGUUCUCAACGUUUACCUUCUGAUCAUCCUCAUAUUGCUGCAUCAUUAAACAAUACCGGUCUCUAG